AUGCCAAAAGCGCUAGAGCAGUUGGUGCAAGAGCGCGAAGCUACUAGAGAUAUAGCUGCCAAAGGGCUUCAGAUUACUGCAGAAGUAAUAAUGAACAAAGCAAUCCAAGAUCGAUCGUUUGACUCCGGCUGGGCUAGGCUGCGCCUUUCGCCAAAGAGCUACUCACUGCCUUCUACACGCAAGUUUGCACUCUCUCCACGCUACACUAGAGCUUUUCGAAUCCUCGAGGCUGUUGGCAAGGGCAACGCGCUGCGAAUGGACCUGCCUGCGGCCUGGAGAAUCCACCAAGUGAUCAGCAAAAUCCAUCUUGACCCUGCUCCAAGCCCUGAUGAUGAUCCCUAUCAACGAAACCUCCCCCCUCCGCCAGACCACAUUGACGAACAAGGAAUGGAAUAA